AUGGAGGCCGAUGACCUGAGCUCUGAGGAACCCGAGAUGGCCGAGCCUGGAGAAAACGGUGGCUCGAGCACUCACGCUGGCCGGUCCUACGACUGCAUCUUCUGCAAGAGAGGCUUCUGUAAUGCCCAAGCCCUAGGAGGUCACAUGAACAUCCACAGGAAGGAUAGAGCCAAGCUAAAACAUCCCUCCAAUCAAAGCCCACUCCCUUUCGACAUCCCCAACAAGUUUGCUCCCUCGUAUUCUCCGACCCCUGAGAACUACCCAUCCAAGCCGAUGCAUGGAAGCCAUAAUAUUAGAGGGUGCAUGUCCACAUGGCCAUGGAUGGCUCCAAAUGAACAAGGCAUCCCCGGAAAUAGGAUCCUCGAUGAAGGUGGGCCGAGGCAGAUGCCUUUGUUCGUCGAGAGGCCAUCACGAGGAGAUGGUCCCGCUUCGGGGGGCUUCGGCGAGCGAGGAGAAGAGGUAGAGCAGUCGGGCUAUGGAGCAGCGGCAAUGGAAUUAGACCUUGAACUCCGACUAGGAGUACCAGCUGAACCAUCUCAUACUGUCUCGGCAGCAGGCUUCAAGGAGUUUUUGUGA